AUGGGAUCAUCGACCUUUGAGAAGGUAUGCUCUCUGAGAUCCUUUGUUUUGUUUGUUCUGCUGAUUUUUUCACCGAAUAUUGUUGCUUUUGCCUCUUCCUUAAAUGAUGAAGCCGAUGCGCUUCUCAAAUGGAAAGCCACCCUCGAAAACGAAGCCCAGCCUCAACUAUCUUCAUGGACUUUCUUUCCUAACAAUGCCACGACUUCUUCUUCCAAUCCUAAUUCAAGCACGAGUCCUUGUUCCUGGUUUGGCAUCGGUUGCAACUCUGCUGGAAAUGUCAUCGGAAUGAAUCUUAGUGGUUCAAGCUUAAGAGGUUCACUCGAUGCGUUUGCAUUCUCGUCAUUCCUUAAUCUCGAAUAUAUUGAUCUCAGUAUGAACUAUCUCUUUGCUACCAUCCCACCACAGAUCGGUAACCUCUCCAAACUUAUCUAUCUUGAUCUGUCUACCAAUCAGUUCUCGGGGAAAAUCCCACCAAAUAUCGGUCUACUCACAAAUCUUCAGGUCUUGCGUCUGUUUAAAAAUAAGUUGAACAACUCAAUUCCUGAAGAAAUAAGUCAGUUGAAGUCCCUUGAUGAGCUUUCCUUACACAGCAACUCUUUAGACGGACCCAUUCCUUUGUCUCUGGGUAAUUUAAGCAAAUUGGAGUACUUGUAUCUCUAUGACAACUCACUGUCUGGCUCCAUUCCUUUCGAAAUUGGAAACCUUUCCAACUUGGUUGAGCUCUGCAUACAUACCAAUAGUUUAACUGGUCCCAUUCCUCCUACUCUUGGAAACUUAAAAAGGCUAGCAUUGUUGGACUCGUCUUACAACCAACUUUCAGGUCCCAUCCCUGCGGAUAUAGGGAACAUGGAAUCUUUGAAGAACUUAACACUUGCAGAAAACUACCUUGUUGGUCCUAUACCGACCUCAUUAUAUGGCCUAGAAAAUCUGACCCUCUUGUCUCUCUUCCAAAAUCAACUUUCUGGUCCCAUUCCAGAAGAGAUAGAAAACUUGAAGUCUCUUGUCUGUCUCCAGGUGAACGAAAAUCAACUCAAUGGUUCCCUUCCAACUUCAAUUGGUAACUUGAGCAAGUUAGAGAUUUUAUACAUUCGCAACAACCAUUUCUCUGGUUCCAUUCCUCGAGAGGUAGAAAAACUCGUGAGGUUGACUGUAUUUCGAGUAGCUUGGAACCAAUUCACUGGUUAUUUGCCACAAAAUAUUUGCCAACACGGAUUGCUUCAAUAUUUUACUGCAAAUGGUAAUCACUUAAUAGGUUCGAUUCCAAGGAGCUUGAGAAACUGCUCGAGUUUAAUCAGAAUUCUUCUUGACCAAAACCAACUGACUGGAAAUAUAUCCGAAGUUUUUGGGGAAUAUCCGAAUUUGGAUUACAUAAACAUCAGCAACAAUACCUUUUAUGGUGAACUUUCACCAAAGUGGGGAAGGAGCCCACGGCUAACAAAUCUAGAAAUCUGGAGGAAUAACAUUACUGGUAGCAUACCACCGGAGCUUGGAAACUCAAUCGAACUACAUCUAGUUGAUCUUUCUUCAAAUAGCUUAGUAGGGGAGAUCCCAAAGGAAUUUAGAAGGUUGACUUCUUUGGUGAAGCUUAUCUUAAGCAACAAUCAACUUUCAGGCGCUAUUCCUGCGGAGCUAGGGUCCCUGACAAACGUUGAGUUUCUCGAUCUCUCCAUGAACAAAUUGAGCACAUCAAUUUCAGGAUGCGUAGGGGGCUUCUCACAACUGCAUUACAUGAAUUUAAGCCACAACGAGUUUAGCGGUGAAAUUCCAACUGAGAUGGGCACGUUGGUUCAGCUUUCGGUGCUAGAUCUAAGUCAUAACCAUCUCACGGGUGAGAUACCAAUGGAGUUUAGGAACUUGCAAAGCUUGCUGACAAUGAAUAUAUCCAACAACAACCUCUCUGGAAUUCUUCCCAGGGCUUUUGAGGAACUGCAUGGCUUGCUUUAUGUCAACAUUGCAAACAAUCAAUUCUGUGGUCCCAUUCCCAACAACACAGCAUUUCUAGGUGCUCCAAGUGAAGCAAUAUCAGAGGGGAACAAAGGCUUGUGUGGCGAGGUCAAAGGACUACAACCUUGCCAAUCACUCACUGCAUGCAAGCAUUCUCCUACAAGGGGCCACAGGUCGACCGUGUUCAUGAUCAUAUUCUCACUUUUGGGAGUACACUUGGUACUUUUGUUUGCAUUAUUGGGAUUGUAUAUAAGAAAAAGGAGAAACUCGCAAAAAAAAGGGGAUGAGGACUUCAUAUCAACCUUCGAUGGGGCAGAAAUGUAUGAAGAAAUCAUAGCAGCCACGGGGGAUUUUGAUGCCAUGUAUUGCAUUGGGACCGGUGGAUAUGGAAGCGUCUACAAGGCACAGCUGCCGUCGGGCAGUAUCGUAGCUGUAAAGAAACUCCACACAUUACAAAAUGGAAGUUAUGCCACAGAUCGGAAAGAGUUUUUCAAUGAGAUAGCAGCAUUAACAGAAAUACGACACCGAAAUGUCGUGAAACUACAUGGUUUUUGUUCAAGCGAACGUCAUUCGUUUUUGGUUUACGAGUACCUUGAGAAAGGCAGCUUGGCCGGGAUCCUAAGGAAAGAAGAAGAAGCAAGAGAAUUGGAUUGGAGUAGAAGGGUGAAUGUUGUAAAAGGGUUGGUGCAUGCCUUGUCGUACAUGCAUCACGACUGCUCACUGCCGAUUGUUCAUAGAGACAUCUCAAGCAAGAAUGUUUUGCUGGAUUCUGAUUAUGAAGCUCAUCUCUCGGACUUUGGCACUGCUAAGUUUCUGAAGCUAGACUCGUCCAAUUGGACUGGCUUUGCUGGCACAUAUGGAUAUGCAGCACCAGAACUUGCUUACACAAUGAGGGUGACCGAGAAGAGUGAUGUGUAUAGCUUUGGAGUGUUAGCACUUGAAAUAAUCAAUGGAAAUCAUCCGGGUGAUUUCAUCUCCUCUGCAUUUUCUUCGCCUGCUAACAUACAGCUUAAGGACGUAUUGGACCAUCGACUUCCACCUCCGACGGUUCAAGUCGAGGACGAACUGAAAAAGAUCUUAACUAUUGCAAAUGUUUGCUUACGUCAAGAUCCCAGAAAUAGGCCAACCAUGCACAUGAUUUCUCAGGUGUUAUUACGCUCAACUCUGCAGAUAAUUCGUAGCCCAGUUACAACGAAGAGGGUCUAA